UAGACCUCCUUUUAUAGGGUGAAAUUCUCAUUCAAAAUUGUCAUCCACCGAUGUGGGACUUUUGACAAUUUCAACAGUUUUUACCUAAUUUCUUUCUCAAUUCACUAUUCUUGAUUACUUUAAUUUAAGUGCUUGAGAGUUAUAGUAAUUUGUUUUCCCGAAAGUUGUUGAAUAUAUAUAUAUAUACACACCUUGUGGACCAGCCCCUUCUUUGGGCGCCACACAUAGCAUGCACCGACAAAAUUGGCAUAACUGGUAAAAUUGCUUUCGAGCCGUGAAAACAGUUUCUUGCAGAAAUUCAAGGUAAAGUUAUGUAUAAUAGACCCUUGUGGUCCGGCCCUUUCCCGAACCCCACGUAUAGCGGGAGCUUAGUGCACCAGACUACAUUUCUUUUUUUUUUGUUGUUGAAUAUAUCUAUAAGUCCAUAUUUUUGUUGUUGUUGUUGAAUGUAUCUUUGUAUGCUUCUCAAAGCUAAUUACAUUACAGGCUUUGAGAAACUCACAAAUUUGAGCAACUUGGAAGUCCUUGACUUAGGUUCUACUCUCACAAAUCACAGCGAUCUGCAAUCAAUCUUAAAUUUAAAUGAUUUCACUAGAUUGAAGUAUCUGGAUAUAUCCGGGAAUCAUUUACAUACUUUUGGAUCAUUUGAUUACGAUUGGUGCCAUUUUAAAAACCUCCAAGAGCUCAGAGUCGGUAGUAAUAACUUUGAUGGAAUGCUCAGAUUNGAUUGGUGCCAUUUUAAAAACCUCCAAGAGCUCAGAGUCGGUAGUAAUAACUUUGAUGGAAUGCUUCCCUCUUGUCUUGCAAACUUAACAUUUCUUCUAAGUCUCGAUAUCUCUAACAAUCGGUUCACUGGAAAUAUUGCAUCUUCUCCACUUUCUAAACUCACAUCUCUCGUAUCUCUAAACAUUUUGAAUAACAACUUGGAAGUCCCAGUUUCCUUUGAGGCCUUUGCUAACCAUUCUAGCCUUAUAGAGGUAUAUACUGAUGGAAAUAUCGGUGUUCCGGAAACUGAAAGUCGUGCUUGGGUUCCAAUGUUCCAACUGGAAAUCUUUUCCAUGUCGAAUUGCACUCACCUUCAAACGCUGCCUAGAUUUUCUUCACUACCAAAAUCAGUUGAGUUUCCUUGUUUUUUCACUGAACCAUUUAAGAGGAAGUUUCCCGAAUUGGCUUUUCCAAAAUAAUACACAACUUAUAGGAUUGUCCCUUUGUGGUAAUGCUUUCAUUGGAUCCUUCAACCUGCCUUUACAUGCCCAACCUAGUGUCAAGUACAUCAGUGUAUCAGAGAAUCGAUUAAGUGGGCAACUUCAAGCAAAUAUAAGUUCAGUGUUUCCAAAUCUCGUACUUUUGAAAAUGAGCGGAAAUUGUCUCAAGGGACAAAUACUAGAAGUUAUAACAAGAAGGAAAAGAGAGCCCAUGAAUCAAACACCUCAAAUUUCUUUACAAGUUUCAAGCUUCAAACAAUCAAGUUGGAGUUCAAGAAAUCAAGUUCAAACUCAAGAACGAAGAACAAAUCAA